AUGGAAGUUCAUAAUGGCGCGACAACAUCCUUUUGGUUCGACCAGUGGUCUCAUCUUGGGAUUCUGUUCAACCUAACGGGUGAAAGGGGCUGCAUUGACCUUGGCAUUUCGAUUAAUACGACAGUGGAGAAAGCUGUGCAAUCUUAUCGUCGUCGCAGGCAUAGAACUUCUGUUUUGGUGCAAAUUGAACAGGAGAUUCUACGGUUUAGAGCUCUUGAUCCUGAUUCGAGUGACGAUAUUUGUCUUUGGAAGCGAGAAAAUAACGAGUUUCGACCGAGCUUUUUGGCUUCUCCGACCUGGAACCUAACCCGUGUGCAAGCACCACCAGUUUCAUGGUUUAAAGGCAUUUGGUUUAAGGAGGCAACUCCUAAGUUUUCUUUCCUGACUUGGUUAGCUGCUCAUGAUAGAUUAGCCACAGGAGACAGACUGCUCAGGUGGAAUCCUCAAGCAGUUUCAACAUGCGGGCUCUGCAACUCUGCUACAGAGUCAAGGGACCACUUAUUCUUUGAAUGCCCAUUCUCUGGGGAAGUUUGGCGUGGUACAGUUCGUGGUCUGAUCAGUACUACUCUGCCGGUACGAUGGUCUGUUUUGCUUCAGAGAUUGGUUACUGGUCUGCAAGAUAGAACUGCAACUUUUCUUUUUCGAUAUUGCUUUCAAGCCGCAGCCUACGCCCUAUGGCAAGAAAGAAACACGAGACGAGUGGGAGAGACUCCUCAUUCCCCUGCUAGACUCAUCUUUUUUUUGGACAAGCUCAUUAGAAAUAGAAUCUCCUCUCUGAGAAGGAGAAGGAGCAAUAUACAUGAGAAGGCUAUGGAGAUGUGGUUUGGAAGUAGAUGA